AUGAUCCUCCUCCGGAAGCUGAGUGAUGUUACAGAGGCAGAUCCUGCACUUCCUGCGGCCCGCCAGCAGAUGUGCACCCUGCAGCUCCAGCUCCAAAAGGACCUUCCCUCGGCCCGCAGACGGCAGCCGGGCGUCUUGAGGAAGCUCCUGACCAAUGAGCAAGGCCUGGCUGCCCUCUUCCUGAAGAGCAAAGGAGCGGAUCAGGAGACCGUGGCCAGCAUCAUCUCGCGCUUCCCGCGCUCCAUCACCCGCUCCUGCGAGCACCUGGAGGAGCGCUGGAGGCUCUGGAGGAACGUCUUCAAGAGCGACGGCGAGGUGGUGGAGAUCCUCUCGCGCUCGCCCGAGUCCUUCUUCCGCUCCAGCGACAACAAGAACCUGGAGGAGAACAUCGCCUUCCUGAUGACGCUCUGUGUAACACGGCUAAAAGACCUCACCGCGGGACCACCAGCUCCGCGGACCAUGCUCCAACAGCGGAUCCUCAACAAGAACAUGGUGGAGUUCCUGAAGAGCGUCUGCUUGCGCUUCGACGGGAAAGACCCGGAGCGCUUCGCCCGAACCGUCAUCUCCAGGAACCUACACCCUGAAGAAGAACCUGCAGAGCCUGCGGGCGAAGCUGCUCCUCGUCCACGCACGAGCCUAAGAACGAACCUCAGAGCCUGCGGGCCGAGAGCUGGGCCGCUGGCGGCGGCGAGCCGAGACUUCAAGAGGAUGAUCCUGAACUACUCUCUGGUGCUGUUCGUCUCGUCCCAGCGUCUGAAUGAGAAGCUGGACUGUCUGAUGGACGGCGGGAUCCACGUGCAGCAGGUCGUGCAGAAGCCCAAGGUCCUGGAUUUCAGCAUCGACUGCAUCAGACAGCGUCUGCGAGACCUCCACCGACUGGGCUACGACUUCCAGAAGAGCGGCAUCGCUGUGUUAGACACCAGCAAGAAACGCUUCCUCGCCAAACUCGAGAGACUGAGCUCGGCGGAGAAUGAAGACACGCGCUCGCUCUCGUGAACUUCUGACCAGCUGCAGCUUAAAGUCACCUCAAAGUCUGGGAUUCCUGCUCAUCACGCCUGCAUUUAUUUGAUCAGAAAUACAGAAAAAAUACAGUAAUCUUGCAAAAUGUUAUUAGAAUAUAAAACAAUGGUUUCUAUUUUAAUAUCAUAUAAAAUAUAAUUUAUUUCUGUGAUGCA